AUGAAAGAUAGUGUGUUCUUAACACAGCAGUGUGUUGACAAGAAUAGCGGUGUUUAUAGGAUUAAGACCUACAGGAUAAGACCCACUCCGCUUAUUAACUGCUAUUUGCCAAAAUUCUCAAGCAAGCAUGGAAACCCAGUGCUUAGUGUGAUGCCUUGGAAAGAAGGUAGAACAAAUAAUUUUACUUUAAAGUUACCACUAAUGAGCUUUGCAUUGACAGACUUCAACCACUGGAAUGUCUUUAUUCAGCCUGCAGAAUUUGCUGAAAUGUAUACUGGGGCUCUGGAAGAGAGUUUGUUCUUGGAGCAGGAAAGACUUUGUCAUGGAGAUUAAAGAAAAAUCCUCCAAGAAAAAAAAAUGCCUUGGGAAGUGUUAAUUGCCGAUAUCCUCAUACAUUCCCAUGUUUCCAGAUACUAGGCAAUUGUCAUUGCUCUUGCAUGCAGAAAACUUGUUAACUGCUCUUUUCUCUUAUAA